UGUUUCUAAAGCCACAGAAUGUAUGAGCUGUCAAGAUUGCAGCCUUAGGACCCUGAGGAAAAAGUGGACCAAGGUUGCUGCAGAGGUCUAUGCUGAACCUUGUUUCCCUCUUUCUGUUUCAAUUUCAAGUGCUUGAAAGCCUGAAGGAGCAGACUGAGCAAUCUUUUUUUUUUUUUUUUUUUUUUUUACCAAAGAGAGGAAGCCGUAACACAGGAGCAAUAACCUGGACGGGUCUGCUUGGAUCCAUUUAAAAAGGUAUAAGCAGGAACCAUGCUGGCUCAUCCCAUCACAUUACUUAUCAUCGUCCUUCUUGGUGUCGAGAGGAUGGAGCGCAGUCAUGCUGUGGACCUUUUGUCAGAUAAACACAGAGAGAUCCGUGAUAUAAUCAUCACUCAGACACCUGAAUCAGAAACGGGAGGUGAACGAGACAACAGCUUUGGAUACAAAGGGUCUCGUCUUCGCCAGGAAGACUCUCCUCCCCGCAUCGUGGAGCACCCUUCUGACCUUAUUGUGUCCAAGGGGGAACCAGCCACUCUCAACUGCAAGGCUGAGGGCCGUCCACCUCCCACGGUGGAAUGGUACAAGGAUGGGGAGCGUGUCGAGACGGUCCGUGACAACCCCCGCUCCCACCGCAUGCUGCUGCCCAGUGGCUCCCUCUUCUUCCUGCGCAUUGUCCAUGGACGGAGGAGCAAACCUGAUGAUGGCAGCUACGUGUGUGUGGCCCGCAACUAUCUGGGCCAGGCAGUCAGUCACAAUGCAUCGUUGGAAGUAGCCAUUUUACGCGACGACUUCAGACAAAAUCCAGUAGAUGUCAUGGUUGCAGUGGGUGAGCCUGCGGUGUUGGAGUGUCAGCCUCCCCGUGGACAUCCGGAACCUACUAUCUCAUGGAGAAAAAAUGGUUUGAACCUAAAUGACAGAGAGGAACGGAUCACAAUCCGCAGCGGCAAGCUGAUGAUCACCAACACCAGGAAGAGCGACGCAGGAAAAUACAUCUGUGUCGGAACCAACAUGGUGGGGGAGAGAGAGAGCGAAACCGCUGAGCUCACCGUGCUAGAGCGCCCAACCUUCCUAAAGCGACCCAGCAGUGUAGUGGUGUUGGCAGACGGGAGUGUGGAGUUCCACUGUGCGGUUCAAGGUGAUCCUGUUCCCACUGUCCGCUGGAGGAAAGAAGAUUCUGACCUGCCUAAGGGCAGAUAUGAAAUCCUGGAGGACCACACUUUGAUUGUUCGCCAAGUGACCUCGUCAGAUGAGGGUUCCUAUACAUGUGUGGUGGAGAACAUGGUUGGGAAGUCUGAAGCAACUGCAACACUCACUGUUCAUGUACCACCAGCAUUUGCCUUACGACCCAAGAACCAGGUGGCAGCAUUAGGCAGGACAGUCACCUUCCAAUGUGAAGCCAGCGGUAACCCGCAGCCUGCUAUCUUCUGGCAAAGGGAGGGCAGCGAGAGUCUGUUGUUCUCCGCACCGCAGCCCUUCAGCCGUGUGUCUGUCUCCCAGAUGGGCAGUUUGACCAUCACCGAUGUUCAGCAUUCUGAUGGUGGCCUCUACAGCUGCCAGGCUCUCAACAUCGCUGGCAGUGUUAUUACCAAAGCCCUGCUGGAGGUGACAGAUACUGGUUCAGAACAGCCUCCCCCUGUAAUUAGACAGGGCCCAGUGAAUCAGACUGUUCCUGUGGAUAGCACUGUGGUGUUGAGUUGCCACACAGCUGGCACGCCACCUCCUACGGUCCACUGGAAGAAGGAUGGCGCCGUGUUGUCACCGGCGGACUCUCGAAUGUCCAUAGCAGAAACCGGGUCACUGGAGAUUCGCUACACAAAGCUCGAAGAUACAGGUUUCUAUGCUUGUGUUGCUUCUAGUCCUAAUGGAGAGGCAUCCUGGACAGCAUACUUACGAGUGGAGGAGUUUGGGGUCAUUGUCCAGACCAGUCUACCUUCGGGCCCCAACAUGAUUCCUGGUGCUCCAACUAAACCGGUCGUUACGGACAUCAGCCCCAAUUCUGUCACUCUUUCAUGGAAGUCCAGCCCCAACGGCGGUUCGACACCCACUUCAUACCUCAUCGAGGCUUUCAGUCAUACGCUAGGAAGCAGAUGGGUGACCCUGGCAGACCAUGUGAAGAUGCAGACUUUUGUCUUGAAGAACCUGAAGCCUGGAACUGUCUACCUUUUUAUGAUCAGGGCGGUCAAUGACUACGGCCUAAGUGACCCCAGUACCAUCUCGGAUUCAGUCCGAACACCCGACAGCACUACUACUGUGCAGGGAACAGACCCUCGUCACAUCCAGAGGGAGUUGGGGGAUGUGGUGAUCCACCUAAACACGCCCACUGUAAUGUCGUCCUCUGCAGUCCGGGUACACUGGUUGGUCGAGCAGCAGUCACCAUACAUCCAGGGCUACAAGCUGCUCUACAGGCCCUCUGCUGAACACGGUCAGCCUGAGGGGCAGUGGAGUAUCCUGGAGGUCCGUGCCCCACAGAAGGACGGCGUGGUGAUCAGUCAGCUCAGGAGGGGCGCCAUCUACGAGUUCAAAGUGCGUCCCUUUUUUGACGAAUUCCAGGGGGCUGACAGCGAAGUCAAGGUGAUCAGAACGUUGGAAGAAGCCCCACAAAGAGCACCACAGGAUGUUACGGUAACAAAGAAGGAUACCAAUGGCACGGCAAUCCUCAUAUCAUGGAAAGCACCACCAAUCCCGGAGGAGGCUGGAGUCAUUCAGGAGUACAAGAUCUGGUGCCUGGGUAAUGAGAGUCGCUAUCACGUGAACCAGUCGGUCGACGGCUCCACCUUCUCUUUGCUCCUUCCCGGUCUGGCACCAGGGAUUCGCUACAGUGUGGAGGUCGCCGCUAGCAAUGGCGCCGGGCCUGGGGUCAAGAGUGGGGUCACGUUCUUUCAGUUAGACUCUGCCGGCCAAAUGAUGGAUCUGAGUGGAGAAAAGGACACAUUGUCACACAUUUCUGAUGUGGUGAGGCAACCAGCAUUUAUUGCAGGCAUUGGCGCCACCUGCUGGCUGGUCCUUAUGGUCUUCAGUGUGUUGCUGUACCGUCACCGUAAGAAGAGAAGCGGCCUCAGCAGUACAUACACCGGCAUUAGGAAAGUGCCAUCGUUCACCUUUACACCAACAGUUGCAUAUCAAAGAGGAGAAUCUGUGUGCAACGCUGUAAGACCUGGCCUUCUCGGCAUGGGCGAACCACUGAACCAGCUGUGGUUGCCAGAUAAUUGGCCAAACACAUGUGUCAAUCACAAAGACUGCAGCAUCAACUGCUGCAAUAAUGGCAACGGCACCAGUGACAGCAACAUGACAACAUACAGCCGACCAGCCGACUGCAUUGCUAACUAUGGAAAGCACCCAGACAACAAACAUGGGGGACAGCUUGGCUCGGAGACGGCUAUUUAUACUGACGUGAACCUCUCUAACAAGCUCAAUGAGAUCAAGACCUUUAAUAAUUCCAACUUGUGCUAUGCAAGCCCAGGAGGAGAUUCAUCAGACGCUUACGAGCCAAUCCCGUACGCUACCACCCAACUUAUUCAAGCCAGCAUUAAAAACAAGGCUCAUGCAUUGGAUUCCAUGGACGUGCCAUGCUGGAAUCAGCCCCCAAACCCACCUCCACUCCCAAAAGAGAUGGCUGCUCAGAUGCAAUACAACAUCAUGGAGCAACACCAGCUAAACAAAGAUCAUGCACAGGUAAAUGAAGGCUCAGCCCAUCACAAAACCAUCCCCUACAACCAUAACCAGAGAGAUCACAGCACAGGAAGCUCGCACCACAGCUCAGACCGAGGCAGCAACAGCACCUCAGGAAGUCAAAAUCAGAAGAAAGGCCUGCGGGCCAUGAAGACGCCGAAACAUACUUCUGUAAGCUGGGGAGAUGCUCUGUCUCCUCCUCAUGCCAUUGCCUGGAACGGGGAUGAGUAUAGCCUCCCCAUGGAGAAAAGUUCUGAUGUAGAGAGGAGAACAGAAACCUGCCCGACUCCACCAAUUAGAGGGGCAACCUCAUCCCCCACUGAGGUGUCCUACAGUCACCAACUUACAACACAACCGCAGGUAGCCCUGAGCAAUGGUGUGCACAAUGGAACCAACAACCUCAGCUACAUACCCCUGUGCCUGGACACUGAUGGACAAGAAGACGACACAGAGGAGGAGGCGGUUCUUAAUGAAAAGCACCACCAUCGGCACCAAAACCAACAGCACAAACAAAAGUUGCACCACAACUCCCCACACAAGCUGCUUCUCCACAGGCUGGAGCAGACCCCUGCCUGCAGCACGGGGGAACUGGACAGAUCGGUCACAGGCUCCAUGGUUAACAGCUGGGGCUCAGCGUCUGAGGAUAACAUCUCGUCAGGCAGGUCCAGCAUUGUCAGCACCUCGGAAGGAUCUUUCUUCACAGAUGGAGAUUUCAACCAGGCAGAAGCCCUGCGUACGUGCAAAUACUCUGAGGAAUCAGCUCAGCGACUUCCGCGACCUAGCAGUCCCAUGUCCACAGACAGCAACAUGAGUCCUGCUAUAACACAGAAAAGACCCAGGAGGCAUAAACAGAAUCAAUGUGGGCAACAAGGCUACCAGCCCAAAGAUGCCUUCAAUGACGACUCUUUCAUGCCCCUCAAUUUCCCCAGUCAGAUGGCCCCAAGUCACUUUAAUGUGAGGGGGGCCACGUUGCCCCGAAUGGGGUCUGGAGAGGCCCGGGGCCGACGAGGCAGCACUGGGACACACAGGGUGAGAGAGGCUCCAUUUGAAGACGGCGAAAUCCAGGACAGUCCCAAGAUGGUACCAAGAGGAAAAGGAGGCAACAAAAGCAAACAGCACUCAGAAUUUGGGGAUAUUCUUCUGUACAGUCGUCCUGCUUUCCCAUCAGGUCCAACUCAAGGGGAGCCUGAUGAGUUCAAUGAACCCAGCUUUAUACCUUGUGAAGAGUCAAGGACCAAACAAGGAGGAGAGGAGGACUAUAUGGGAAUAAAUGAGUUCCUGAAAAGUUGAGAAUUAUUUUGACGAGAAACAUCCUACAGCUGCUUCACCGAAAGACUUCAAAAAAAGACUACAAAUACUGCACAAUAAAUGCUGUCCUUUUUUUCUACAUCCUAGUUCUCACUCAAUAUUGGUAAAAAAAACAAAACAAAAAAAACAACAUUAAAAGUGCUGAUGUUUAAGUCUGUGGACUGCUUUCAGGGUGACCAUAUCAAACAGGUUGACGUAAGAUGAAUGCACACUGUAUGGCUGACGUGCGUGUCGAUGAAAAUAUUGUACAUGAUGACCAUUUCUCAUGUGUUCUUGAAUGCUUGUCAUUUCCAGACAUCUUGUAAAUUGUUUACUGCCACAAAAGUGCUUCAAAUUGAAAUUGUUUGUGACAGUGUUAAUGUUUUAUAAGUGAUGUACACCUUGUUCUUGUAUUGUUUGUUCCACUUUGGUUAUAAAAGCACAAUCACAUUUUUUAUGAUUACAAAUGUAUGGAUUUCAUAACGGAGGAACUCACGUGGUGGUAUUGUGUAAAUCAUUUGAUCAGUUCACUUUAUCCUGAGAAAAUGAAUGUUGAUCCUGAUUGUGCAUUCGGUUCCGUAACAUUUUAAGCUGCUUUCAUAUAAAAUUGAGAUAUCUGUAUUGUGUACUAGGAGAAAUGCAUGCAUAUCUCCUGUUGGAGAUAUUAAACAUUUACUUUAUCCUCCUCCUGGGAUGGUGAAAAUUCUGCUUUUGGACUGGUUUGAUUUUCUUUUGUCUGCCCUUGAGUACAUUUUAUCUACUUGCCUCUUCACAUGACCUUGGCAACCACUUCUGAAGUGGACAUUACGUCAACCGUCUUCAUUUCCUUAAUAUUCUUCUUCUGACAUUAAUUAAUCCAUAAAACCAGAUGCCAGCAAAUUAAAGAGAGCCUACUAGCUUGGGGCA